UUUGUGAAUUUGUUUUUUAGACAUUAAAAUACAUAUCAAAAACGCCAUGCAGGAACCAGAGUCCCGAGAUUGUUCAAGAAUUCCUCACAGCAAUGAAAAGCCACAAGCUGACCAAAGCUGAGAAGCUUCAGCUGCUGAACCACAGGCCAAUGACUGCUGUCGAGAUCCAGCUGAUGGUAGAAGAGAGUGAAGAGCGGCUCACGGAGGAGCAGAUUGAAGCCCUUCUGCUUACUGUCACCAGCAUUCUGCCUGUGGGCCCAGAGGAUGAGCAGAGGAAAAGCACUAGCAAUGAUGUGGCCAUGGAAGAGGAAGACCCGGCAUAGAUGUGCACAGCUGGCCAGGAUGUUCGUGAAGUUCGAAACCCAACAGCCAUUUCCUGGAUGUUCAGAGGAUUGUGUGUUUGGUUUUGCCCCCUCUCUCAAUAUGCCUGAUCUCAGGGUGGGUUGGGAAAAUCACAAAACUAAGAUAAAAAGAAUCUUUGUGCCUUGGGAUCAAGAAACAUGGGAUCAGAGAAGGGCAGAGAACUCAAGAUGAGGGAACGUGGCUGUGCAGCCCUCUGGGGUAGAAAGACUUCUGUGGCCUCUGGCACACUUGUACACAGUGGUGAACCAGCCAGUCAGGUGCUUUGUGUUGUAGGCAAUGUCAGGAGCUCCUGGGUGAGAGCAGAGCUGUGGGAAUGGGCUCAGAUGGUUGAGAGCGCCCAGAGCCGCACACAGCUGCUCCAGGGGGAUGACCCAGAGCUUAGCUCACUCUACAGGAGUGUCCUCAGCAGAAACAGGAGGUGAGAAAAGGAGAUUAAGAGCCCAGCCUGGUCUACAUAGUAAGGAACACACAUGUGAACACAGCUAACAUGCAUGCAUGCCACAUACAUACAAAAAAUUAGUCCAUUUUCUUGUUGCUAAAAACAACUCUAUAGCCUUGGUAAGUGACAAGAAAAAGAGACUUAUUUUGGCUCAUGGUUCUGGACCAAGGUCAUAGGGCGUCCUGGGUAUGGACCUCUUAUUACUAGACUGCUGGGGUAGCAUAGGAUACCAGCUGAUGGAAAAUGAGAAGCACUUAUUUUCAGUCUCUUGUAGCCCAAAUUGUCCUUGAACUCAGUAUGUAACCCACUCUGUCAUUAGACUUUUGAUGAUU